AUGAUCAGAACUAGCGGGACAUCGCACAGACUGAACACGAGAUUAAUUGGGAGGCAACAGAAGAAAGAGCUCCAUAUGGGGAUGCGCAAGAUUACGGAGGCCGUUAACAUCCCUGGAGAGAAAAAUUUAAUGAACAGGAGAUUGGAGGAAGGUAGAGUUAGCGAUAAAUUUGCCUACUGCCUAAGCAAACUCGAAGAAAACAAGAAUGGAGCAAGACCAGUGGACAGAAGACGCCUGGAUCAAGGAUCUAUCGCUAAAAGGAGGAAAAGGGAUCGCGUGAAAGGAACUGGUGGUAAGGGGUUUUCGGCAAUAAAGCGAUGUCGUUAG